AUGGAUUAAUUAUAGUAAAUAAUAUUAUAUGCGGCUCUAGCACUUAUUGGAGUUUUAAUUCUUGGAUUAUUUUUAAAAUAUUUAAAAACAAUCAGAGAUACUAAAAAUAAUGAACUUUAAAUUACAAGAAUUAAUAAAAGAAGUACAUUAAAUUUACUUUUGCCAUUAUAAAACUCAAUUGAACGAACUGAAAAUAAUCAACCUGACCCUUCUAUGUAAAUUCAAAUGGAACAAAUAUAAAAUAAUAUACCAUAACCUUUUGUGUAAAUUCUAAUUGAACCAACUUAAAAUUAUAAAGAUUUGGAUUUAUUUUUAGCUCAUAAUUAAAUCAUUUACAAAUUUUAAAAUGGAGCAAAACAAAUAGUUUAUGAAUUUAAGGUUGAUAAGAACUAUAAUGAAGAAUGUAGCAAAUAUGAAAAAAUGAAUCCUCAAAUCCUCAUAAUUAAUGAAUAGAAUAAUGGUUAAUAAAAACUUUUAGAUGAAAAUGCCCUCAUUUAGUCUAAAGUAAUUCAAUCUAAAUAAUCUAAUCCAAUUAAAUUAGUUUAAUUUUACAAUCAAGAGAUACAAGAGGAAUAAAUAAAUACUGAAAACAUUUAACUUCUUGAUGCUCUGAUAAAAUAUUUGAACUAAAAAACUAAAUAAGAGUUUUUAAAAAUAUAAUCUAAAUAGAAAUUAAUUUUAUUCAUGCCAUCAACUAUUUUAUAAUUAGAAAAUAAAUAAUUCAAUUUUGAGACUGUUAAAAAGAAAUAUAAACAUUUUAACUUUUCAUUUGAAGAAAUAGAAUAUAAUUUAAAAUUAAUUUGUUCCUCAGUAUUUUUUAUAACCAAAAAAUUAACAAAUGAUUUUUAUAUUCUAGUAGAAGUUAGAUUUUAAGAAAAUCUAAUAAUAAUUCAUGAAUAAAGUCUUUAGGAAAAUUCUGAAGAUGAUUAUGCUCCUUAUGUUAAUAUUUUAAAUUAAUUGUUUGAACUGGAAAUUGACAAGGCAUAAUAUUGUAGUAAUUGUAAAACAAACAACAAUUAUCCAAAAAUAGAGGAUGUUGCAAAUAAAGCAUUGCAAUACUCAAUUUUAGGAUAAAUUGAUAAUUCAUAAAAGUAAGCAGGUUUAACUUCAUCUUUUAAUAAUUUUGUGUAAGAAAUUAAAUAAUAAGUAGAAUCGAAAUGA